GGCCGGCUCUCGGCUCAGUUGGAUGCCUUGUUGAUGAAGCUGCGUAUUGGCAACAACGGUCCAAGGUUACUUGUUUUCUUUGAAGUUGGAUAUGAGUAAACCUUGUGAUCGUAUGUAGUCGAAUUUUCUAGAAGUUGUUUUGCUUCGGUUGGGUUUUGAUGAGACCUGGGUCGGUAUUAUUAUGAAGUGUGUGACUACUGUUCGGUAUUCUUUUUUGAUUAAUGGUGUUCCGAAAGGGUAUGUAACUCCCUCCAGGAGUUUGAGACAAGGGGAUCCGUUUUCUCCAUAUUUGUUCCUUCUAUGUUCUGAAGUGUUUUGGCUUUGUUGGCCCGUAAGGUUGAGAAUGGUGACCUCCAGGGGAUCUGAAUUUGUGAUGCUGUUCACCAUCUCUUAUUUGCUAAUGACAGUAUGUUAUUUGGUAAGAGGCUAGAGUGCACUCAUAUUCAGUCGGUGUUGAAAGAUUAUGAAUUGGCGUUGGGUCAACAUAUUAGUUUGUCCAAAAGUAGCAUGUGUUUAGCAAGAGGGUCCCUUAAGAUGAAUUUCUGGGUGUUCGCAUCGAUGCCAAACAUGAUAAGUACUUGCAUUCAGAUUUGGUUUCGGGUUUGGGUCGGCUACGGGGGUUGGUAAUAAUGCUGUUAGUAGUUUGCGUCAUGUGUGGUCUUCUUUGGUCCCAGGGAAGGUGAAAGUACAUAUUUGGAAAGUUUGUUCAUCCAUUCUCCCUACAACCUCACAACUCCGGAAUAAACGAGUUCUGAUACUGAAUGAUUGCUUCUUCUGUAAUGCGGAGGAGGGAAACCCAGCUCGUAUCUUGCGGGAUUGUUACUUUUUGAGGGAUCUGCUUCGGUUUAGAUUGGGUUGUAGCAGCUCAUGAGAUCCUUUAUGGUAAGGACUUUGCUCUUUUCUUGAUGCUUCUUUGGAGUGUGUUGAAAGAACAGAACCUACGCAUAUGGAGCAACAAGGCUUCUUCGGUGAAUUAGGUUUUUUGCCGAUCAAUGGCGUACUUUCAUUCCUUUAUGGCUGUGCAGAGGACUCCUAGUCCUAAACAGCGACGUGUUGUCUCUCCUUGGGUUCCUCCUCCCUCGGGUUGGUUGAAGGUUACCAUUGACGAGGCUAUUGAUUCUACUUUGAAGUUUGGAGGAGCGGGUGUUGUUGUGCGUAACUCCAGUGGAGUGGUGGUUGCUGGUUUCUGUCAGGUUUUACAGGACAUUUUUUAUCAUAUGGUGAUUGAGGCGGAGGCUGCCUGUGCAGUGUGUACGCUAGUAGAGGAGUGCUCUCCUGCUCCGGUAUGAAGCUUGUAAAUAACGAAUCAAGUACAUUUUUUGGGUGAUUAUCAUAAUGGGACUUUUCAACAAGGUAUUCAGGAGGCCUCCAGUAGAAGAUAUAACUGUAGUUAUAAAUUAUCGUCAUACUAGUAAUGCGAGUGCUGAACUGCCCCCAACAACAAAUGGUAUUACAACUCCAUGUGUGGCUGUUGGUGAUCAUAAUCCCAAUUGGUUUCCAUUAACAAAUGGGAAUGCACAUCCAGUUGAUAUAAAUGAUGGGACUGCUUGCUUCUCUAAGCAAGCGGCUGUUGCUAAGGUAUCAGAAGUGAGCUCCCGUCUGAGCAGGGCUGGUAGUGCACGACUUGGAAAGGCUGUGGAAGUUUUGGACAACCUUGGCAGUAGCAUGAGUAGCAAUUUGAACACUAAUAUUGGUUUUACCUCGGGGGUGACAACAAAAGGCAAUAAAAUUUCAAUUUUGGCUUUUGAAGUCGCAAACACAAUUGUGAAGGGUGCAAAUCUAAUGCAAUCCCUUUCAAAGGAUAACAUUAAACAUUUGAAAGAGGUUGUGCUUCCAUCCGAAGGGGUACAGAAUUUAAUAUCGAGAGAUAUGGAUGAACUCCUGAGAACUGCUGCAGCUGACAAGAGAGAUGAAUUCACUGUCUUUUCGGGAGAAGUUGUGCGUUUUGGAAAUCUUAGUAAAGAUCCUCAAUGGAACAAUUUGGAUCGCUACUUCAAGAAGGUGGGUACAGAACUGACACCUCAGAGGCAAUUGAAGAAGGACGCAGAACUGGUGAUGCAGCAAUUGAUGAUCUUAGUUCAGCAUACAUCUGAAUUAUAUCAUGAAUUGCAAGUGUUGGACAGAGUUGAAGAAGAUUAUAGGCGUAAACGUGAAGGAGAGGAUGACUCCAAUACCACCGAAAAAGACGAGAACCUUCCAAUUUUAAGAGCUGAGUUGAAGAGUCAAAGGAAGUAUGUGAGAAGUUUGAAGAAAAAAUCACUCUGGUCUAGCAUUCUGGAAGAGGUCAUGGAAAACCUUGUGGACACUGUGCAUUACUUAAAUUUGGAGAUCCAUGAGGCAUUUGGCGUUGCUGAUUCUUAUAAAAUUGUGACAGUUUCUAAUAACGAUCACAAAAGGCUGGGGCCUGCUGGUCUUGCCUUGCAUUACGCAAAUAUUAUCACACAGAUUGAUACUCUUGUGUCUCAAUCAUGUUCUGUGCCUCCAAAAACACGAGAUACAUUAUAUCAAGGGCUGCCACCUGUUAUAAAGUCUGCUCUGCGCUCAAAACUACAGUCGGCUCAGGUUAAGGAAGAGCACACAGUCCCUCACAUGAAUCAAAUCAAAGAUGAAAUGGAAAAAACUUUGCAGUGGCUUGUUCCGGUUGCUGCUAAUACAACAAAAGCUCAUCAUGGCUUUGGUUGGGUUGGAGAAUGGGCAAACACUGGGUGUAAGAUGAACCGGAAACCUACUGUUCAGACUGAUUUGCUGAUGAUUGAGACACUACACCAUGCCGAUAAAAGUAAAACGGAGUCUUACAUUCUUGAGCUGGUUGUAUGGCUUCAUCAUCUGGUCAACCAAGUGAGAGUGGGAAAUAAUCGAAUCAGAUUCCGAUUCAAUCCCCUUCUGCUCCCCAAACGAGAGGACAAUUUAUUGAUCUAUAAGCAAGGCCAACAGUCCAAAUGCUAAUACAUUGUCGUAGUCUUUCUGGAGUCUGGACUAUAAUAUGUGAAUGAUAGACGUGAUCAAUUCUUUCUUAAUUGUAGUCGAUGUUGAUUUGUAAUACAUAACUACUUCUAGUGAUGCCAUUCUAUUUGUUUAAACAAUGUAAUUAUGAUGUUCAAUUGGUAUCAUUUGUAUGGAACCUGAAAUUACAUAAAUAAUUUGAAUUUAUU